ACACAAUCUCCACGAGCAAUCAUUCCUGUACAAGAUAAAUUGAGCAUUUUGGCUCCAUCGUCAAGAUGUCUACAUCGGCAACAUCAUCACCCUCCCAAUCCUACCCGCUGAGCCGCAGCACCAUCGCAGCCACUCGUCUCGACCUCCAGCAUUUCCUCUGGACCUCCUCCACCGAGAGCCAUCUCCACCCAAGCAUCCCCGUCCCUGACGAUGCAUUCAUCGCCGACAUAGGCUGCGGCACGGGAAUCUGGUCCCUGACCUACCCGCGUCCGAAGAACAGUGCAAUCCGCUUCGAAGCAAUGGACAUAUCACUCUCCCAGGUCCCUCCCACCGAAUGGCUGCCCGACCACGUAACAGCCCGAACCCUCGACAUCUUCGCACCGAUCCCAGAGGACCUCCGAGCGAAAUUCGACGUCGUCCACGUCCGGCUGUUCCUCCUGGUCGUGCGCGACAACGACCCCGUCCCGAUUCUAUCCAACCUGUUGAAAUUGCUCAAGCCGGGAGGGUAUCUCCACUGGCAGGAAUACGACACAUCCAAGACCUCGGUAGUGGUGGCGGCGGCGGCGGCUCCCGGCAGCGACGCAGAGACGGCCGCGCCGGCGAUGACCGCUCUUCACCGUCUCACGACCGGCGGCGGGCGAAAUGCGUCCGCCGACCAGGUCUUUGAGAAUCUCUCCUGGGUCUCCACCUUCGCGCGCCUCUUCGAACGGGGAUCCGGCAAGGAUCUCGGUGCGGAGCUCGUCUCGCAGAACGUCACGACGCCGCCGUCGCAUCUCCUCCCGCUCGCGCAGGAGAUCGGCUUUCUCGGCGCGAGGGAGUAUGCUACGGGGCUGAGGUCGUCGCAGCCGGAGCUCGCGGCGCGGUUGGAUGGGGCUACGGACGCUGCGGAGACGGAAUGCUGGGACGGGUUGAAGCGUGGGUCGGCGAUAGGGAUGGAUAUGAUGACCUGGGUGGUGAGGAAGUCUGAGAAGUGAUCAUUAUGCAUCGGUUGAAUUUGGAGUGGGUUUGAGCUCGUGUAAUCGAGCGUUUCGAUGAUCUGCUGCUCGGAUGAGAGAUUCUAGCCACGUUCUCCUAUGUAUGAGGGUACUUGUCUCGAUUGGUGAGAACGACGUAUAUGUCACUACCGGGUCUCGAUGCUCAACCAUUUUGGCCUUUUACAC